AGGCGCUCCUGGGGCGGAGUGAGUCAGCCGCUUGGGCACAGCUCUUGAAGUGCCUGGCGAGUCCAGUCCCCUUGGGACGCCUUUCGCGGUGUGCAGGGCGCCAGGGUGCCGAGGUGCUGGCUCAAAUGGCUGUUGCGCUUGUGCAAUGUGAAGGGGCUGCUGGCAGUGUGAUGGAAGAGGUGCUGAAAGCUGAAAUGGAGGUUGUCGCGGCGGUCUUGGAGAGGGUUGAGAAUUCCAAUGUCACGAAAGCUGGCCGCCAGGUUCUUCAUUCCGAUCAGCCUUUGGAAGAAGGCAGUUUUAUGUUUGCAUUCUUGCUUGGCUUGUCUGCGAAUGACCCCGACUGCGAGGCUUGGGUGGCUGAGGCCAUCUCAGAGAAGACGCUGGAUGCCCUCCGGCAGUUGCUGAGCCCAGAUCGUGCGCGGCGCGCCAAGUCCUUGCGAAAGUUCAGCCGGGCGUUUGUGCAGCCAGAGAUCUCAAAGACAAGGUCGCAGGAUCAGCUGCCUGUCCCAAGUGUGGCGGACUUCAUCGGGGAGCCGGAAGAGGCUUUGCCGCAACUGUCGCCUGUUCCUUCACCCAGAUCCACAACCCCUGCUGUGGCAUUUGCUUUGCCUGCCGGUAAGGAGGUUGAACUGGCGGAUCACUCCGACUCGCCAAAACGCCAGGAGUGGGCAAUGCGGAGAGCCAACAUCACCAAUUCCACAGGCAGUGUGUUGGACCUAGAUGGUAUUGCUGCCACGCUGGUUCAAUCUCUGGCAGAGGCAGCCUAUGCGGCCCCGCCAACCUUGUGCCGCUUGGCGGCGGCCUUGAGGACCUUUGGAGACAAGGGUCAGGACUUGCUGGGCAGGCUGCUAUUCGUACACUGGUUGGUGCCAGCCUUGUUGAAGCCAGCCCUGGGAUUAGGCCUUGGGCUUGCAGAGGUCUUCCCGGUGCUUACGGCAGCUGAAACAACGUACUCGCUCCGAAGCUUGGCGCAGCUGCUAACCGCGGCUGUUGCCCACGAAGCAGGAGAUGAGAACGACAGGAGUUCCCUCCGCAAGCUGUUCCACUCCUUGGCUGAGCGAGGGGCUGCCCAAGCAGCGUCCAAGAGCGAGGCAGAGUUGCCUUGCUGUGUGGUUUGUCGCACAAGUGAGCUGAUCGCCCUCGGAUCGAGCCUUUCUGCCGCUGCAGAAGAAGUUGCAGAGAUCCUGUCAAUGAGUGCUGACCAGGUGCGGCUGCUGGGACGCAGGCCCUCAAGCCCGGGAUCAGCGUCGGCUGUAGUUUGCUGGCUGAAGCGAUGUAGAAGCCACGAGAAGCAAACUGAUGACAUCACUCCGAAGGAGAAGCAGCAAAAACCACGCCUUAGUUACGAGGAGAGGAGAAAGUCCUUAGGUACCCACACCCAGGAGGAAGCCCUGCUUCUGCUGCGCCAGCUCCUGAGUGAGCCGCACCAGCUGUGCAGUCAUGGCAUUGGUCAAGCAGGAAGUGCCCUGCUGGCGGCACUGGAAGCGGCGCGGAGAGGGGCAGAGUUGUCUCGCAAACUCAAAAUCGACCUCCUUCAGGAGGCGCUGCUCUGGCAAGAACCCAGCAGCUCAGAAAAUGCUGCACCACUCACCAUAAACGAGCAGGAACUCUUUAACUCCCUGCAAGAGGCUUUGGAGAAGGAGCGGCGUGGGCUUGCGCAGCAGACGCUGCAGCUGCGGAGCAGGAGGCGGUUGGUGCGCCUGAGUGCCCUGCGCUGCCGAGAGGUGACAAAGUGCGUGCGACAUUGUGCCAAGGCUGCCUGGACCUUGCGUUUUAAUUGCUGCUUGCAGACGCUCUGGACAGGUUCGGACCGUCAGUCAGACCUCGGCAUGCCAGAGCUUUGUGUGCUUGGGCCAGAGACCGAUCCCAACAAGCUGGACUUGGACCAAGAGCUGAGUCCUCGACAGGGGAGGCGGCGGAAGCGUGAUGGUCUCUUCGGCAUUUUUUCGCAGGAGCCGGAGAUGGAACCUCGCCGGGAGUCUUCGGUGCGGAUGGUGAAGAGGAACUAUUGCCCAUACCAUCGUUUGGCGGCUGUGGGUGCCAGCAUUGGUGUGGAAGGCUUAGCCAAUGAUUCUUCACGUUCCCACUCUGCGACACGGAACUUGCGGGAGAUCCUCAGCGCGCUGUCAAAGCUUCGUAUUGACCGUGCACGGCAAGAGCGUAUGGGCAUGACGAAGGUCAUUCAGGAGCUUGUUGUCAUGGUCUCUGGGAUCAUCUCCAACCAUUGCAGGCUGUCCCAAGCAAACGCUGCACACUCCCAGGAGGAAGAUGAGGAAUGGGUGCGGCCGCACCUCUUGCUUCAAGGCAGUGAAGCACACGCGACCGAGUGUGUGUCUCGCUUCAUCUUCCACCAGCUGCAUCAUCGUUUCUUUCCCACUGAGCCCACAGUGGACGAUCAGAGGAUCCACGCUCAAAUUCAGCGAUUUUCAUGGCUCCGGCCACGUCACCUCGAUUUGCCAAGACCUCUUGUAGACACAGAGCAGGCCAGCGAGGCCAUCUUGCUCCUCCGAAAGUUGCGCAUUUUGCGGAGUCCAUGCGAGAUCUUGGAGGUGAUUGCCAAGGCAUUUCGCAUCACAACCCAGGCUGCGUGCCUUAAAUCGAAGCUUGCCGAAGGCCAAUCCAAGUCUUCCCAGGACAAUGCAUUUGGUGCAGAUGAGGCUUUGCCGCUUUUUAUCCUGAUUAUCAUCAGGGCCAACCCGCCAAUGCUCCACAGUGUGCUUAGCUAUGCUGAGCACUUCACAACCAGCGACCAGCUGCGUACCGAACAGGGCUAUGCGCUUGCACAGGCUCAAGCUGCCGUGUCCUUCUCCAGCUCAUUACGGGACAAGGAGCAGUUGUCUAAUCUCAGACCUGGAGAGUGGGAGAGUCAUUUGGAGCUGGGCAGCGGCUGUGAAGACUGGACUUGACGCGGGAGUCCCGCAAGUAGAUUGUGGCUACAACAUACAUCC